UCAUAGUACGCCCAAUAAUUGAGACAAAGGCAGAGGAACAUUAUCUCAUUCUCUGCAAAUGGUGAGGGCGAUUCUUCCUCACAAGUUCUCCUUCAAUCUUGUGGCCAUUAUCUAAACCAGCAUGCCAUUAUUCCACCACCACCUCCACCUUAUUAUUCCCCUGCUGGCUCCAACUCUACUCUCCUCCUUAUAAGACUCCCCACCAACUGCUUUCUAACUCACCAUCUCCAUCCUGAGCGCAGCUAUCUUCUUUUGCACAAACAUGGCGUCGAAGAACUCUGCUUCAACUUGGACGAAGAAGCAGAACAAGCUCUUCGAGCGAGCACUGGCGGUGUAUGAUAAGGACACGCCGGAGAGGUGGCAGAAUGUAGCCAGAGCCGUCGGCGGUAAGUCUGCAGAGGAGGUGAGACUCCAUUACGAGCUUCUGGUUGAGGAUCUCAAGUUCAUCGAGUCCGGUCAUUUCCCUUUCCCUAACUACAGAUCAUCCGGCGAGAAAAACACCGCCGGCGAAGAGGAGCAGAGGCUGAGAUGCUUGAAACUCAACUGAAUGAGGCUGCAGUUACGUGCUAAUUUUUAGACUCACUGGCUUUUUUUGUUCAAGUUUUGGGUCUGCAUCUAGGCAAAUUUUCUGAAGCAUGCAUGUAUGCAGUGCUAGGUUAUGAGGAAGAAGAAGAAGAACUGAGCGUUGAGCUGCAGCAGUUCAUGUGUGCCUUCUGUUAGAAGUUGUCUAAUGAUAAUAUAUUUGCAUGCUAAGAUUUCAGAUGAGGUGUCAGUAUGGAAUA